AUGUCUGCCGAAGGCCCCGAAUCAAUCCCCACCUCCGCCGACCCUCGCUCCAAGCGCCCGACCAAGAAACGCGCCCUCACCCCGGGCUCUGCCCAAGCCGCCUCCCUCGACGCCCUCUUCGCCAAACCAGACCAGGAGAUCCGCGUCCCUCCGCCAGUGUCCUCCCUCGAAGGAGGCAGGCGGCGGCCCCCGCCCCCGGAGAUUGUAAGCAACGUCCAGGGCUCCAGCGCCGGUGCCGGCUCCGGCGAGUUCCAUGUCUACAAGGCGGCCAGGAGGCGAGAGUAUGAGCGCCUGAGGGAGAUGGAUGAGGAGGUCAAGAGGGAGCGCGACCAGGUCGAAUUUGAAAAGGGCAAGACCGAGAAGGAUCGCAAGGACGAGGAGAGGACGAGGAAGAACCGCGAAAAGAGGGACAAGGCGAAAGCUCGGAAGGCGAAGAAGGGCAAGGGGGGCGGAGGGAAUGAUGAUAACGCAAAGGAUACGGAUGGCAACGGCGACAAGACGUCAGCGGUGGCUACGUCAAAUGGAGGUUCUCAAGGAAAGGAAAAAUUGAGCAAAGAUGAAAACGGAACAGAAAGAAAUGACAAUGAGAAACCAGCCUCAGAACCUGUUGGACUUGUCAUCCACGACGACGACUGA